UCUUCAACCAUUAACAAGUAUAACAACACCCUCUUACGACGCCGUUUAACUCAAAUCCCCCAAAACCCUAACUCAACAAAAACCCUAGCCGUGAUAACAGUCCUAAGACUAACGAACAACUCCAUUUUUCCCUCAAUCUGAAAGCUUAUACACAUUAACAAUGGCAGGUGGAAGAUUCAGAGAACUAUUGAAGAAAUACGGAAAGGUAGCAUUAGGCGUUCACUUUUCCGUUUCAGCAGCUUCAAUUACAGGCCUUUAUGUUGCCGUUAAAAACAACGUAGAUGUUGAAGAAAUGCUCGAAAAAAUCGGUUUAUCAAAAGAAAAAGAAGUAGAAGGAAAUGAUAAAAUUACCAAUUUACCCUCAGUUGAUGGUUUUAUUACCGAAGAACCUUUUAAUCGUGACGGUGACGUGGCGCCGGUGCCGGUGAAGAAGAGGAAUCGUACGGCUGAGAUGGCGGCGUCGAGUGGCGGCGCGUUAGCUGUGGCGUUGUUGCUUAAUAAGGCGCUUUUUCCGGUUAGGGUUCCGAUAACCCUAGGUCUUACACCACCGAUUGCUAGGUUUCUUGCAAGGCGAAGAAUUAUCAAUAACAGUGUAUGAAUUAAUAUAAUUUUUGUUAUGUUUCUUUGUUUUUUGAAUAAUGUGAAUCUCUCUGUUUACUGUAUUUUGAUUUCCCUUACAUUGUCAUGAAUUAGUAAAACAUGAGAUAAAUUGACAAAUUAGAGGGUAUCUGGGAGAUUUUACAAGUCUUAAAAAUUUGAUCUUUGUUUGUAAGGAGAAAAAAGUCAUAGAUAUAUGCAAUUGACAGUUCUAUA